AUGGGUGCACUUCCCUGGAGCAGCUGGCAGAACAUCCAGGAGGAGGGCUUGGAAAGUGCAGGACUUCGCGAGACUGCGAUCCGGAUGGUCGUGUAUGAUUGGAUAUCUGCAGAGGUGGCCUCAGAGCUCACGGGGAUCUUGCUCUCAGAGGUCUUGGGCUACAACGUUACAAUGAACACUGAACGAGCUACGGAAUCCGUCGCGGGCUCGUUGCAGCUCGCUGGUUGUGUUUCGCAAGACUGCAGCGAGAGACAGCCGCGAAGCCACGUGGCCAUGGACACCUGGCUCUGGGGAACUCCCGGGGAGUUUGCGAAUUUGGAGACCACGCGCCCCAGCCUGGCACCACGAAGGUUAGGCUCCAUGGGCUGGACCGGCCAGGAGUCCCUCUAUGUGAAAGGCUCGGUACGUGAAGAGGCCUACCACGCCGGUGGUCUUGCGUUGGAUUUCUACAGGAGUUACAACACCUCCGUGCAUCAAGCGGCAAAGUUCUUCAGCCGCGUCUCCGACCUGGACACUGCACAGUUUGUCCCCUGCAACUCGAGCAACUACGAGUCGGCCAGCGAUUAUCAAAUGAGGACCUAUGCAGAGGUGACAGGAGAUACAGAAGGCGUUGUCGGAACUCCAACUGGUUACAUCGCCAACUGUCCGGAUGACUACUUCUGGCUGUCUCCAGCUUGUCGCCACAACACCUCGGAGUGCAUUCCCGUCAUUGCGGCUGGGUUUGGCUGGAACUAUUACGUGUGGAUGCAGUGGUCUACCUGGUUUUCCAUGCCGACAGCAAUCGGCAUCGCCAAAGAAGGUCACUGGGAGUCAGUGGUGGAGAACUUUGAGACGGUUUUCUAUUGGUGGUAUCCUGAUGCAACUUUCCUGCAUCUGGAUGCAUGGAUAGUGGCGAUGCCACGGCACUCGCGGCGCGAGUGGGCUGUGAACUUGUACCGGACUGGCUUUCCGGAAGUGAUUGUUGAGAAGCUCGUAUCAAGUCACCUCCCUGUUCUGGCGCCUCGAGUUUCGCGGUUCUUGGAGAAGUUUUUAAUGGAUUUGGAAGAUAUCCAAGGCCUUUUGCUGGAGGUCCAUGAAGGAGCGACUCCCUGGGCUGCUGCCUGCAACUGGAUUCGGCUUAAGAGGAGCCUUUGGACAGAGUGGAUUCCUGUGGACACUCAAUGCCUAGCAGGGGAAGGGCUGCAAAAUUCCUUGGGGGAAUAUGUCAGCAACCGCUCUGAAGCGCUCGGUUGCUCGACAUGUCGUCCCGGCAGCUUCUCCAAAUCUAUGGAGGAUGACACUGGUCCAUCCUUCGUGUGUGAGCCGUGUCCUCCAGGAACUUUCGAAAGUGCCUUUGGUCAGACCGCUUGCGUGGAAUGCGAUGCAGGGACCUUCACAAACAGCUCUGGUAGAGCCCAUUGCGAUUACUGUGACCUGGGUCGGUAUGCAAAUGCCAGCGGAAUGACUUUUUGCCAUGCCUGCGGCAGUGAGCAUUGGACUACCAGCCAGCUUGUCGCGAGCGAUGGUGCAGAGACAUGGGUUCAAGUGACUGGAGUGACAUCAGAGUCAUUCUGCACUUGCAUCGCAGGUUGGUUUCUAAACCAACAGUCGAUUUGCCAGCGGUGCAUCUGGGGCUCCCGGUGCGUUGGGAGCCAGCUGUGGCUGCUUCCGGGCUACUCCUCCAGCGUGGAGGAGCCGGGAAUGGUGUACAGAUGCUUUGGACGAGCCUCCCGCUGCUCGGGUGGACCACCGGGGUCUUGUGCACCUGGGCGAGAUCCUGGGACGAUUACGUGCUCCGAUUGUCUGCCGGGGCGAAUGCCCCUUCAAGAUGGGUCCUGUGGCCCUUGGAUCGCCACGUCCUAUGCUGCUUUCGGAGCGGUCGUCUUUGCCCUGGUGUUCUGCAUCGCUCUGGUCUAUGUCGUCCUGGCGCUUCAAGCAGACCGGGCUACGCAACCGGGCCAUUUGUUCGUGGGCAUUGUGGCUUUAAGCCAGCUUGUGACCCUUAUCCAGCAGCUGCUCGUCGUCAGCAAGCUGGGCAUCGAGUGGCACGAGCCCGUGAAUGAGAUUCUGAAGGGCAUAGCAGUUUUGGGCGUGGAUCUGGAUAUGAUUGCAUUCUCAUGUGUUGCAACUGUCAGUCCGGUCCUGAAGUAUGUUCUCUCUGUGUCAGUUACACCGAUACUUGCCUGCAUCGCUCUGGUUCUGCACCUGUUGGCUGUGGCGUUCAAAAGAUAUGUGAGGCAGAGCUUAAAGGUGAGGCUGGAUGCGAGCCAGCUCCUGCGGACGGUGGGCUCCCUGGUGUCGCUGCUCUUCAUCGGAAUCUUCACGGCCUUGGUCACGCCCUUUCAGUGCAACUCCCACCCAAACGGCCGAAUGACCAUCCAGCAGUAUGCCUCAGUCUUCUGCAAUCUGCGUGAUGCACACCUGCAGAUGAGCGUGAUCGGCGCAGUGGCAUGCUUGAUGCCACUAUCCUUUCUGGCUGUGUGCAUUUGGAUCAUCCACCUGGAGCUUCCCAAAAGGCUGCUUCGGGCCGAUGCCACCUACUGCCGGGCAUGCUCAUUCCUUUGGCUGCGCUUUCGUCCCGGAGGGGAGCGUUUCGUCAUCUUCAUGCAAGUGAGAAACGCGCUGAUGGUGCUGUGCCCGUUGCUUCCCUCGGUUUCAGUGAAGCUGGUAGUGCUCAACAUGCUCCUCUACGUGAGCUUAAUCGCGAUGACCGUGAGCCAACCCUGGCGAGUUCCCGCAAGCAACGUGUUGGACACACUGCUUCACGUGGGUUUGCUUGUGGUGCUCUACAUGGCAUCCCUCUUUGCCGGCCACGACGUUGACGGCGCCAGCCUGGUUCAGGCAACUGCCAUCUCCUUGUUCUUCCUCGUGAUGAUGGUAGUGGCAGUUGCCGUCGCUAUCCUCUACGGAUUCGGCCUGUACCUCGUCCGCCAGAAUCGGAAGCCCUGGCGCUUCUUCAUCUCCCAUCACAAGCGUGCAGUCGGCAGCUUUGCGCGACUUCUGAAGAUCCAGCUGCAACAGCGGGGCUCUGCCUUCAAUGUUUUCUUGGACACCGACAACUUACGGGAUCUGACGGAACUCUUCAACUUCGUCAGGGACACCGAGACUCUUAUUAUCUUGGCCAGCCCAGGCAUUAUGGGGCGCAAAUGGUGUGUGGGCGAGGUCGUCACCGCCAAGUUACACAAGGUUCACAGCGUUGUCGUCAGAUGGCCGAAUUUCACGGACCCGAGUGCCACCACACACGAGGAUCUCUCAUUCGCCAUUCCCGGCAUUGAGGCUUUAACAGCCUACAGCAUAUCCCUGCAUGAUGUUUCGAGCACUUUGCACUGGAUGAAGACUUUGGAUUCCUUUCCUUUCCCUCAUUCGCUGGAUACGGAGAGUAUUGGGAAGAUCUGCGAUGCCUUGACGGGUACGGUCCUGCCAUCUCUGGAGAGAAGAUCAGCUCGCCCAGACUGCGUCAUUCUUGUAGAUCCUGCAAAUCAGGAGGCUGUUGCAACCGCACAUAUACUUUUGGAGCUUCUGAAAUUGGGCAAAGAACUUCGACUGUCUCCAGUGGUCCUGAAAGCAGGGGAAGACUUUCCGGACUAUGCUGUGAAAACCCUCCUGGUUUGCUCUUCCGGGUGCUUCCAGUCGGAGGCCGUUGCAUCUUGGCUCAUCAACCUUCCCUGGCCGCAGCCCUCCAUCUUUCCUAUCUUGGCAGAGCCUGAUUUCGCCGUCCCGGCAGAGCCCUACGAGAACGCGAUGCUCGGAGUGGAAGGAGCUUUCACCGACGCAGAGCUGGCAACCUACGCAUCUGUCCUGCAAGUUGUCUUCCAGGAGAUUGCGAGCGUCUUGGCGCCGCAGUCUUACUCCAGCACUCAAGAAGAUCUCGAGCUGCGCGCCAAGCAGAUUGCUGUCCGCCUGCAGUCCAAGACUUCUCGGACAAAGGAGCUCCGAGCUCCCGGGGAGGUCAGCGAGGAUUUAUUCCGGAUUUAG